GCACAACAAGAAAACGCAAACAGAAUGAGUCCCAGCUUCACUACUGAGGCCAGCCAGCCUCUCCCUGCAAGGUCCACCGUGGCCCAGAGAAAACAAGCCAACGAACUUAGAAAGACUCUUAAACCCCUGCUGGAGAAGAGAAGACGAGCUCGCAUCAAUGACAGUCUCAAUCAUUUGAAGAGCCUGAUUUUGCCCCUUGUUGGCAAAGAUAACGCACGCUACUCCAAGCUGGAAAAAGCGGACAUUCUGGAAAUGACAGUCCGCUUCCUCAGAGAUCUUCCUUCCACCCCAGUCAAAGACUCCGCAGACAGUUACAGAGAAGGUUACAAAGCUUGCCUCCAGCGCGUUUCCGCGCUGCUUCCCAAAAGCCUGGACCAGGACGCGUGCCAGCGGGUGCACGACUUCGUCCAGCAGUCCAUGUCUGCCACCGUCACUCCAACCUGCCUGAACUGCUGUGCCCAGAGCUCCAGGACUUUACCUCAGAUCCAAGAGAAAAUUAUGAGCCUCAAAUCCAGCUUCACCUCCAGGCUGGAGACUCAGCACCGCAGCAGCAGCACAGUUGCUCCAAGCAGAGCGCAGGCAGACCCGCAGGCUGUCAGCGCUGCUAUGUGGAGACCUUGGUAGAUUAGACGGACAAUUAUCUCACGCCUGUUUAU